AUGAACUUAGCCGAAAUUCUUGGCCUUGAUGGGUUGGACUUCUUGGAAAGUUUGUAUCUCUUUGAGUGCGCUUCACUUGAGGAGUUACACCUUCCAAAAUCUGGUCGCUUGAAGUCAUUAAAUGUUACUGGUUGCAAAGUGUUAGCUGAAAUUCAAGGUCUCAAUAGACCGACGGGUGUUGAAGAAUCAGAAUUACCACAAUCCCUAGACACUCCCUUCAAGUUGGAAAUCUUGGGAGUCACUCUUUGUGAAUCUAUUGAAAUACUGGACGUUUCGCAGUUAAUCCAUCUAAGGGCAUUAUUUACCAUUCAUUGCAAGAAUUUACGUGCAGUUCAAGGUCUUGAUGGAUUGAAAUAUUUGGAGCGCUUGACUAUCACGUUCUGCAAUUCACGGCUGGACCUUCCACACUUCGGACGCCCGAAGAAAUUGGAUGUUCGUGAUUGCAAAAAGUUAGUCGAAAUUCAAGGUCUCGAUACGUUGAUGUUCUUGGAAGAGCUGAGCAUCUCCGAGUGCGCUUCAAUUGAAAGACUGCUUCUUCCAAAAUCCGGGAGUUUGAAGAUAUUGACGGCUAAAUCGUGCAUGAACUUAGCCGAAAUUCUGGGCCUUGAUGGGUUGGACAUCUUGGAAAGUUUGUAUCUCUUUGAGUGCGCUUCACUUGAGGAGUUACACCUUCCAAAAUCUGGUCGCUUGAAGUCAUUAAAUGUUACUGGUUGCAAAGUGUUAGCUGAAAUUCAAGGUCUCGAUAUGUUGGAGCUCUUGGAACGGCUGUAUAUCUCCAAGUGCGCUUCGGUUGAAAGGCUAUACCUUCCAAAAUCUGAUAGUCUGAAGGAAUUAUAUGCUAAAUUUUGCGAAAACUUAGUCGAAAUUAAUGACCUUGAUAGGCUGGAGUCCUUGGAAAAGUUGAAUCUCACUGGGUGCAUUAAAAUUGACACGCUAAAACUUCCAGAAUCCGACAGUCUGAAGAUAUUGGAGGCUAUAUCUUGCUUGAAAUUAGCCGAAAUUCAUGGCCUUGAUAGGCUGGAGUUCUUAGAAAUGUUGGAUCUCACUAGGUGCGCUUCAAUUAAAAGGUUACCAAAUUUAUGUUGCUCCGUCACCUUGAGACGGUUGAGUAUCAAUGACUGUGACAUGCUUCAGGAUAUUCAGAGCCUAGGGGGAUUCCCAUCCUGCGAAAGUCUAUGGAUUGAAGAUUGCAAGUCCUUAGCAGCAUUACCGAACUUGUCAAAUUUUCAUAAUUUACAAAAAUUGUUCCUGUCCAACUGUCAUGAACUCCGGGUGAUCCCGGGGCUUGAAGAGUCAAUAUCUCUAGAAUGUAUUGCUAUCUCAGGAUGUUCCUCGAUUGAGAUGUUACCAGAUUUGUCGUCGUGUACCCGCUUGAUGAGUCUGAUUGUGCAAGAUUGCCAGAAAUUGACUGAGCUUCAAGGGCUCGAGAAAUUGGAGCAACUAGUGGAAUUGGACAUUUCUGGAUGCAAGUCACUCGAAACAAUUCCAAAAUUAUCUGGAACACGACUUUAUCAGAAUUACGAGAAAAGACCAUUUGACUCAGGUGGUCCCAGAGUGAUACAAUUUGGAUUUUCGUAUGUUUGA